AUGCUCCCACCAGCAGGGAAAAGAGAUGCUGAAUUGGAGACAUCACAGCCAAAUGAAAAUGGUUUUGAGAUGGAGUUGGAUAUCAAGGGUGAUGGCGCCCAACAUCCAUCUGACCCAUUAUCCAAAACGUCAGCAAAGCGAAAGAUGUUAGGCACAAGCGUCAAAGCACAGACAACCAAAGGCACAACCCAGGAAGAGACCGCAGCCAAGAAGCCAAAGACGACAAAGCAACCAAAGACAACAAAGCAGCCAACCAAGCCACCAACUGCCCCCAAGCCACCAACUGCGUCCGAGUCACCAACUGCCCUGAAGUCACCAGCUGCCCCCAAACCACCAACUUCCUUGGCCAAGAAGCCUAAGACUGGAAGCACUGACAGCAAAUACUCCAAAAGGGGGGAAACUAGAACCUCAAACGCAGUAUGGAAGAAGACCAACGCCAAGCUAUUGGACACAGCAUACCCACUGCCCUACCUCAAGGGCGUGCUUUACAUGUUGUGGCAUUUGCAUGGCGGCGGCUUAUUUACAAAAGUGACUUUACACAGUUUUCAGUCUUUGUUGCUACAUUGGUGUGAGAAGGAGGCCAGCCAUCUCAAAAUAGAGGCAGAGAAAAUGGUUUGGAAGUCAAUUAACUCAACAAUCCAAAACCUCAGUGUUCAUACACGGAACAAACGUAGCGCCUAUUCCAUGUUUGGGUGGGGGAAAAUCGGCAGCACUGGGCAUGAGUGGACUGAUGAUACGCCCCCCAACAAUUGGAAGGAUCGUGGUAGAACAUUGCUUUCGCCAGAGACAAUGGCGGAGAUCGACCAGUUGUCAUUGAAUACAGCCCGUCUCCUUUAUCCUGACCUUGGAGAAUGUACACUGGACGAUUUGAACCACACCUUUCUGGUGCAUCCAGGAAUCGUGCAGACCAAGAAAGCGUACCAUCAACGCCUUCACUAUGAUAGACCCAAACCUGAAAAGGGGCAUACUUUCUUUUUGCACAUGCCUCUCACUACCGACGGCAUGUUGCUGAGAAUACUGCCUGAGGGAAAAGAUAGGAGUGAGUUUAUCUUUGUACCGUUUGGUUGUGCACUGGCUAUUCCAGUGAAACAUGCCCAUGCCGGAAUCUAUAUCAAACCUGGGAGCAAAAUCAAGAAUAGUCGACUGCACGUAGUUGUCACGGCAAGAGACGCUGUGAAGUAUCAAAUGAAGGCUACCGUGCUAUUGCACACGCAUGCAAUGGUUCGUGUCCGUAAGUGA